GAUGCAAUCAUUGUUAGCAAAGGGUAGGCUAACAACGCAAAGAGGGAAAUGAGGGUCAAGACAAACAAACCCACUGAGAGAGGUUUUUUGAGCUUGCACUGCGCGCACGCACUCUCAAACAGCAUCGACUCGCCAGCCGUCUGCUCGAAAGGUUAUUAACCGGCGGCAUAAAUCGCUCGAGUCGUCGUUGUCUUUGCAUUCGUAGAGGAAUGGAUGGAAAUCCUGAAAUUUCCUUGUCAUUGUUAUACAGGAAUGAUCCGAUUUACUCAUUGUGCGCUUCGGACUUGAUGACUGCUUCUCAAACUGUGAAUAAUAAUUUCAUUAAGGAACAGAAGCAACUAAUUAAGACACUAAAGAAACUGGAACAACAAAAGCUUCUUCGCAUGCGCCAGCUCAAUGAAGAGAAGAAGCAAUUUGCUGCCCUCAUGAGGAAGAAACUAUCCCAGAGGGGGGCCGGUAUGCAAACAGCCUUCAGCCCGUCAGCAUUCAUACCAGAACGUGCAGACAGAACCUUCUCUGCUCCUGUCUGCCACUUCCCUGCCCCCAGCCACAGGGAGAACAGUGCAAAGAACAGCAUGAUCUCACAAAAAAGCAGCAAUAUUACGCUGUCAAAAUACUCCCCCUCACCACAACAACUGCUCUCUCUGGAUACACAAAAGAGUACGGGGAUGUGUGUAAACUCAACAAGAAGUCUUUGUAAAUGUGAACAGUACGGUAAGCUGUUAACAAGGAGUGAGAGCUGUCUUCCAGUACUGCAGCAGCAUCUGUACCAUGGGAGAGACCCAAGAAGAGAUGUUUUCUGCAACUCUGGAUGCAUGGGAGCCUUAGACCAAACACCAGAUACUUGAACCACCUUUUGCUGUUUUUAACUUGGUCAUGGGUCUGUUUUGAGGGUAUUGCCACUGUCUCACGGAAAAUAUGGGCCGGAAAAUAUAUGCAGUUUUUGUCACUUAAAUGUGUGAUGUAAAUACACUGCCAAUAUUUAGCCAAAUUGUUGUUUUGUGUUGUGUUUUCUGCAUAGAACCUGUUGAAUCUGUUUUGUCUGUGCACCAGCCUUUUGGCAUUAGGCAUAUGCUGUGUAUGGAACUUCAUGCUGUUUGUGGGUGGCGGGGAGGGAGGUAGACAGUAAUGAAAUUAGAGGGGUCAUACUGACUUUCCACUACAUUUCAAAUAUAUACAUAUGUCCCAUUUGACAGGAAAUGUGCAGUUGAAGACUGCCAUCUAUAUAUUACAUUAAGGUAAAACAAAAUGGCAUGCCGGUGAAGUUACAUAAUUGGCUAUUGAAAAGAAGCAUACAAGUUGAAAUGUUUUUGGGUUUUUUUACUUUUUUGAAUAAAGGCCUUAGACUUGAUGUUCAACUCAAUGGCAAAAAUCUUUUCAGGAAUGCCUGCAACACAAGAAGAUGUCUAGCCUACAGUAAUUAUAUCUAGCAAACUAUAAUCACAAUUGCUUCUAUUUGAAUACACAAAACAUGUUUGUGUUCUUGUGUGUACGCGCGUGCGUUGUCGUGCAUGGUCUUGCACAGUACAGU